AACACCUGAGCUCUGCAUAAAAGAAGGAUACUCCAAAGAGUAAAGAUUCAAUCAGAGUUUAGAGGGAUAGUUUGGGAAUUAUAGUUAUUCUAUCUAUCGUGUAAACCAUCCCACUGCUCUAGAAACCAAAAUCACAGCAUUUAAUAAAUCAUAUAAUAAAUCUAUACCAUCCAUGUUUAGAGGGAUAGUUUGGGAAUUAUAGUUAUUCUAUCUAUCGUGUAAACCAUCCCACUGCUCUAGAAACCAAAAUCACAGCAUAUAAUAAAUCUAACACCUGAGCUCCGCAUAAAAGAAGGAUACUCCAAAGAGUAAAGAUUCAAUCAGAGUUUAGAGGGAUAGUUUGGGAAUUAUAGUUAUUCUAUCUAUCGUGUAAACCAUCCCACUGCUCUAGAAACCAAAAUCACAGCAUAUAAUAAAUCUAACACCUGAGCUCAAGUCACGUGACCAAAGAACUGGCCUAUAAAUAAGAGCAAAGUUGAAAGAAAGGCCACCCAAGGGCUUAACUGCCUUAGCUUAGCAGCACCAGGUACUAAAGUGAUAUGGAGAAAAUAAAAGAAGAAACCAGAAAGGGGCCAUGGACAGAGCAAGAAGACAUGCAACUGGUAUGCUAUGUGCAAUUGUUUGGAGAACGCCGUUGGGAUUUCAUAGCAAAAGUAUCAGGUCUCAACAGAACUGGAAAGAGUUGCAGGUUACGAUGGGUUAAUUACCUGCAUCCUGGCCUCAAACGUGGUCGCAUGACUCCUCAAGAAGAGCUCCUUGUCCUUGAACUUCAUGCUAGCUGGGGAAACAGACAAGGAUUACUUUGUAGAUGGUCUCGUAUAGCUCGAAAGUUGCCAGGUCGCACAGACAAUGAGAUCAAGAACUACUGGAGGACACAUAUGAGAAAAAAAGCUCAAGAGAGGAAAACAAACUCGUCUCCAUCUCCGUCUUCAUCAUCUAUAAGCCACAUGUCUUCUCUCAAUGAGCUUCAGUUGGAAGUUAAUGCAGACAAGCAACGAAGCAGUUCUAGUCCUCUAAGAAAAGCAGGCUUCGGAGAUAAUGAAGAGGUUUUGAGAGGCUAUUCCAUGGAUCAGAUUUGGAACGAGAUUGACAACGAAGGCAGCAAUAUACUCUUUCCUGCAAUGCCUUCUCCUAUGUGGGACUACUACAAUCCUGAUUCACUUUGGAAGAUAGAUGCUGAAGAGCCUAAGAUUUCUCCUACUAUUAGCUGUGGAUUCCUGGUCUCUAACUACUGAUUUGGUGGAGAGCCUUAUGGUUAUACUUAGAAGUCACCAAACGCCAAUAAACAUUGAGCAAACUAACUAUAACUUCUAAGUAACAUGGAGUUGUUCUUCUUUCUGACAAAAGUGUGUGUGAGAUAGAUCCUGUGCUGGUGGUGUCUAUUUGUGUUCCUCCAAUAUGCUAGCGAAAAUUGUCAUUCUGAAGAGCCCUUUCAGCAAAAAA